AUGAUAGCCCAUAGAAACAUUUUCAUGCUACUUGUCCUCAAUUUGUGGACUGCUCUCUGCAAUGCCCAGUUCAGGGUUUGGCGCGCCGACACCAGGACUCCGACCGAGAUGCGCGCCGCUGGCCUCUUUUCUCCUAGAGGGGCUAGCCAGAUUCUUGAAAUUGUCCCAAACGUCAGCAUGUACAAUCAUGCGGUCGGCGCCCCCAACGGCGCAAGCCGGGACAACGACGGCUAUGUCUCGACCACCGCCAGCGAAACCACCGCUGUCAACUUCCUCGGGCAGAUGUUUAACGGCAACGGCUACGUCUAUGAGAUAGCGGCGUCGGCCAACUUCAUCCAGGUCUCCGGCACCCUCGGGCAGUUCAGCCCUUACCCGAACGAGCAAGAGUAUGCGGCGCUCGGCGGCUUCAGCUGGGAUCAGGUCAUCCGCUGGAGGCACUACACCAACGGCGUCGCGGACGCUUCCGGCCUCCAGGACAACAAUGAGUACGAAGGCAGGAUCUAUAAUGGUCUGAGGCCCACCAACGGCGAGCCCCGCCUUGCCGGGUUCCCCUCCAGCCACCGAGCCUGGGGUAUGUCCCCUUGGAAUGCAUUCGCUCAGGGCGGCCCGGGCUGCGGUGGCAGUGGGGCGCGCUCUCUUCACUCUCGCCAGUCUUCUUGCAGCCCCAAGGACGAUGCCUUCACUGCUGCUCGCAGGUUCAUCGACGACAACUGCUGGUCCAAGGACCUUUGUGGCUAA